AUGGUGAAUUUGUUGUUUUUGUCUUGUUUUGUGGCUUGUAUAUAUGCAAGGGUUUCCAGGGUUCUAAAACCUUACACUGGUACCACAGGUUUAUAUUAUGGAGCAUACAGAGAUGAUAUAUUGGCAAAUAAAGUGCAGCCAAGAUUUCAACAUGUACAGUACAAAUUAGCACGUGUAAAUACCUCACCUUGCCUGGCAACUAUUAAUUCACCAAAUCUAUCUACACUUUCAGAGAGAUCAGAUAAAACACUAUCACGAGUUAUAUCAAAUGUAUCACGUAAACUAACAGAUAUUUCGCGCAUUACACUUAAAAGUGCUAAGGAAAAGAUAAGAAGCAUAGUGGGCAAAGUUCAUGGAUUUUUGGCAUCUCGUGAUCAUUUUUACAUUUCAAGAUUGGUACAAGGACUCUUGAGGAUUCCUCCUGUUACCGCAUUUUAUCUUACGACAUCUACACUAGUUGCAUUUGCAUCGUACUUUUUUAAUGACAAUUUCCCCCUAGAUUGUGUGCAAUAUAGCAAAGAAGGAUUAUUGUGUGGACAGGCUUGGCGUUUAUUCACUCCAUACUUUUAUUUUGGACAGUUGUGGAUGGCACAUUUUUUAAUGUCACAAUCUGUAGCAACAUACAUGUCCUCGGUUGAAACAGCCAUGUGUACCUGUCCGGAAAAAUUUCUCGAGUUUUUAUCAUUUGGUAUGGUUACUAUUUCAUUGUAUGCAUUUUUGGAAUCUGAAUUGUUUAAAAAUUCAUUCUUGACAACAUUUGAUAGUUUGGCUUACCAUUUGCAUACAUUCAUCCUCUACUUUUGGGGACGUUUGAACGAAGGAAAUAUGGUGAACUGUUUUGAUUUGUUUUAUGUUCCAGCUGAAUACAUUCCAUACCUUUUUAUGCUGCAAAACUUUUUACUUUAUCGUGAGUUUUCAAGAGGGGAUAUUGCAGCAAUUGUCUUUUCAUAUAUUUACUACUUUUAUAUUUGGGAAUGUAAGGUACUGAAGCCAUUUGACAUGCUAAAGGGAACACGGUUUGAGAAGCUUUAUGAUAGAUUUGUAAUGGAGAGAAAUGUAUAA